GAGGUCGUCUUAGCUUCAGCGUAUAACUAGAACUUAGAAGCGUUCUAUUUAAGCGCUUCGAGUAUACUGUAGCCUAUAGGGAGAUAUUACUUUUAUUAGUUAUGUUAUUUAAUAUUAUAUUAUUUUGUUCAUUGGCCAAGGCAUAAAGUAAUUUUUAUAAAUGAGUUUACAAGCUCAAAACAAUCAACUACAAAUCACAGAUGAGGAGAUUAUUCGACGAAAGCUCCUGGUUGAUGGUGAUGGGAUGGGAGAUGAUAUGCGUAUUAAUCGAGCUUUGAAAACUUUUCUGAAAUGGUGCUUUUCAAAGGAUGAAUCUGAAGAACACAGCACUUUGACAUAUGAAAGGAUUUUGAUGUUGUUAACACAGUGCGAAUUUGCCAUGGUGAAAUCACAUCAAGUGUUGGCAAUGAAUCAGUCUGAAAUGGAAAACUAUGAACAUUUAUAUCAACAAAUAGAGAAUCGAAUCACAGAAGCUCAAAAGAAAAUACAAGAUUGUAAAGCAGAAUUGAUGGAGGCUAAACAACUCCGAAAAAACAAGCAAGAAUAUGAUUCUUUAGCAAAAGUUAUAGAGAAACAGCCUGACAGAAAAGUAACUCUUGCUAAGUUACAACAAGUUCAAACUGAAAUUGAAAAACUUAUAAAAACACGAGAAAAUCUUGACCGAAAAUUGGAGAAGAGAAGGAAACAGUUCCAAGUUCUACUCAGUGCAGUAUAUGAGUUGGAGCAUUUUGCAUCAGGUAGAGGUGGAGAAGACAAAGAAGAAGAAGAAGAAUGGGAAAUGACCAAAGAUGACAUGGAAACUUCUUAGUGAAUGUAGUUUUUUUUUUGCAACUGAUGUAUAUAGAAGAUUACAAAAAGAUGGUGGAUGGCUUAUCUCAAAAUAUAUUUUCUUUCAUACAGUAUUUGUUUCCAGAUUGUCAUAGUCAUAAUACAAAAUAAAAAUGUUUGCUUUAGAAACCUCAAA